ACCGGCAACGUUGAAUUAAUAUUGGCUGGCAGCUGCUCAUCACAACAAUGGUCAGUUAUCUCGUAAACAUGUCAUUAAUUUCGUGAAUUUAGUUUCAAAGGCUACAUCAAUCAGUUGUUUUAUCAGUACUAUGGGAUUUAAUUUCUUCAAAAAUGGAUGCUGAUUAUCAACGAAACUUUCGGGCGGUCAAUAAUAUUCCAGGUGCUGAUCAAGAAGAACCUUAUCCUAGUCUUUCUGAUUUCCACGACUAUGAGCCGAAUCUGGAGUUUGAUGACACUGAGCUAACCGCAUCUGUGGCAAAUGAUUUAGAAGAGAAAAUCUCUAUUAGUGGAUUAGAAUACCUCGAGUCUCCGGUCUCUGAUGGAACAAUUGAAGAAAAUUUUGAGGAGGAGCUUGUCAAUGCGCCUUCAGGUUAUGACAGCAUAGCUUGUUCAAACUUCCUUGAUGAUGAAGACGAAGAUGACUUUAGCGAUGUCUCUCGGUAUGGAAUUGUAGAUGUAGUUGGAGAUGACACAGUUGGAAGGCGUAUCAUCGUCGUCUCUGCUUGUAAACUCCCUAACAAUAAAGAAUUGGACCAUGGGCGGUUGCUCAGGUAUCUGAUGUACACAUUAGACAAAUACGUCGAGCAAGAUUAUAGUUUAGUUUAUUUCCAUUACGGAUUAACGAGUAAGAAUAAGCCACCUCUAUCAUGGCUCUGGCAAGCCUACAGAGCUUUUGAUCGAAAGUACAAAAAGAAUUUGAAAGCACUGUAUCUGGUGCAUCCCACCAACUUUAUAAAAAUUGUAUGGCAACUAUUCAAAGCGGCUGUCAGCACAAAGUUUAGCCGGAAAAUUUUGUAUGUCAAUAAUCUAACCGAAUUACAACAGCAUCUUGAUUUGGAUCAAUUAAGCAUACCACAAACUGUUCUAGAAUAUGAUGAAAAACUCAUGGCAAAAUUGAAUCGACCUAGCGCAGGCUCACAGGGUGAAAAGUCUCAGGUUGAAGAUGCAAGUCCACCUCCUCUGCCUACUCAACAGUUCGGAGUUUCUCUGCAGUUUAUAAAAGAUAAUAAUAACGGUGAAGUAAUUCCACCACUAGUCAGGCAAUGCGUGGAAUUUCUGAGUCAGCCAGAUGCGCUGGAGACAGAGGGUCUGUUCCGUCGUUCAGCGAAUUUUGCAAUCGUGAAGGAGUUGCAGCAAAGAUGUAAUCAGGGUUUACCAGUCGAUUUUGAAGGCGAUGUUCACACUGCUGCAGUGCUUUUGAAAACAUUCCUGCGAGAGCUUGAAGAACCUCUAAUGACCUUCGAUUUAUAUGAUGAGAUAACGCAGUUUCAAAGUUUGAAUAAAGAUGAGAGGCCAAGACAUGUGAAGAUCUUGAUUUUAGAAAAAUUACCGGAAGACAAUUAUCAAGUCCUCAAAUAUCUAGUUCAGUUUUUAGCAAAGGUUAUGGAUCGCUGUGAUUUAAAUAAAAUGACCUCAUCCAAUUUAGCAGUAGUGUUCGGACCAAACCUAGUUCGAUCACAGAACGAGCAGUUAAAUUUAUCUGCGAUAGGACCUAUUAACAUGUUUACAGAUUUUGUUCUAGUUAACCAAGACCAAAUAUUUAUAAUUUAACAACUUGAACAACAUCAAAAAGUAUUUAAAUCUAAUAUCGAUGUGUAUUUAUCACUUUAUUUCGGUGUUAUAAAAAAAUUAUCUAUUAUUUAACAUCUAACAUGAAUUCCGGUGCUAAGAACUGCAGCGAAUCUCGGUACUCUUUUCAAGUUACUAUCAUAUCGCCUUUUUCAGUUGUAAAAAAUAUAAUAUGUACAAAGCAUCCUGUAAACAAUUUUAAUGGCUCUGUAUAAACGAUAUUUUCAAGUUAUUGGCCUCUGUAAAUGUGUGUCUCAUCGCAGAUACUGAAAUGUGUUUAGUUGUGUAGUUGUGACCCGUAUCCAAUGUCUCAGAUUUUUCAAAUGAUAUUUGGGAUGAUACCAAAAAUAAUUUUAAAAUAACGGGCUCAGAAUUUUAUUGCUAUUUCAGCGAAGCAUUUUAAAUCUGAUUAAUUCUUGAAAGCUGUAGAAUUCUUGACAAUCAGGAGAAUUUGAUGAUGUAUCAAAAUAGUUUUUGUGUUUAAUAGUCAAAGAGAGGAACUUAAAAAAUCCAAAUCGCUAUCAUGCGUUGCUAAGAUUGUGUUUGGUAUUCUUUUUUGUAAAAUAAUCUUGAUGCUUGUCCUUUGUGAACUUUUGAUCUUAAAAUUUUUCUCAAUCUCAGAUCUUCGUUUUA